ACGUCCCUCGUGGGGGGGGCAAAAGCACCGCCCAGCGCUUCGACGUCCAACGUUCAUAGUGACUACAUUUCCCAGAACACCCUGCGCUCCCCCGGAAGAGGGUUCGCCCAAUGAACUGGCGCUACAAGUCAAACUCGAACACCAGAAACAGGCGUUUCUAACUUUCUUGAGUUCUUGGGUCGUGUCACAUCCGAGAACUGGUUCGAGUCGUGAUCUGGGCUGGACAGAAAGUCCUCCUGCGUACACUUUUCUCUUUUAAACUUCAUUACUUAAAAAGAUCCGGGAAUUUUCACUACAGGUUAUUAAAACUCGACAUUUUUGAGCAGCAGGAGGAGAUGGCGGCGACUACAACUUUCGGGCCGCGGCGCGAGGAGCGGCACGCGCAUUCAGAGAACCGCGCGACACCCGGCUUUCUCGAGCGCCUGAGCGAGACGGUGGGCGGGGCUCUGCUGGGGGUCGGGCUCCUCGCUGUGUCCUUCUACGUGCUGUUUACCAACGAGGGCAGGGCUCAGCGCACAGCUGCCUCUCUGGAUGAGGCUCUUUCCCAGGUGGUCCUUCUGCAUCCUCCAUUUGUGCCAGAGCUGCAAACCAACAACCAGCUGGUGCACCUGUCGGCCCCGCUGCGCACCACCCAGCCGCUCUUCGACCCAAACUACCAGGUUGCCGUAGCGGCGGUGAAGCUGAGGCGUGAGGUGGAAAUGUACCAGUGGGUCGAGUACCAGGACAGCAGAGACUACCAGGAGGAUGGAGAGACCAGGAGCGAGACGACGUACACCUACAACACAGAGUGGAGGUCAGAGGUGAUCAACAGCCGCAAUUUUGACAAGGAGAUCGGUCACUUGAACCCCAGUGCCAUGGCUGUGGAGAGUGUGACCGUGGUCGCUCCGGAAGUCUGGGUUGGAGGAUUCUCUCUGUCCAAAGGACUGCUGGAGAAAAUCAACAACUUCCAGAGGUUGAGUUUAGGGUCUUUUCCUGCUGCUGCGUCAGAUCCCUUCCUCACAGUACAUGAAGACUACUUCUACCAUGCGACGAACCCUCGCCGGCCUGAGGUGGGGGAUGUCAGAGUGAGCUUCUCUUAUGCUGGACUCAGUGGAGAGGGCUCGUACCCAGGACCUGCCCAGGUGGUCACUGUGGUGGCCAUGCAGAGGGACAACCAGCUAGUGUCCUUUAGAAGCACAUCUGGGGAGCAAAUAGAAAUUCUCUACUUGGAGGAGCUUUCAGCUCAGGAGGUGUUUGAGAAAGAACACCGGAUGAACUCCAUGAAGACCUGGGCUCUUCGGGCUGCUGGUUGGGCUCUUAUGUUCCUGGGCAUUAGUCUGGCAACCCGCAUUGUCUACACGCUAGUGGACUGGCUGCCUGUCGUGAGAGACGUCGUCAACGUGGGGCUCAAGCUCUUUGCUCUCUGUGUCUCCUCCUCCCUCGCACUUCUCACCAUUGCUGCUGGAUGGAUUUUCUACCGCCCCCUGGUGGCCGGAGCCCUUGGGGCGUUGGCCCUGGUGCCCUUCCUCGUCACCCGCUCCCGCUCCCGCUCCCACAGCCCACCCAAGAAGCACGAGUGACGGUGACCUCACAGCAUCGGCCCCUCCCUGUCUUUUUUCAUUGCACGGCAGGUGGAGAGCGCCACCUGCAGGUGGACAUGGGCUCAGUCGCUGCAUGUAGUGUGUGUGACUGAGGACUGUUUGUGGUGUGGUGACCUUUGACCCCAGAGCAUUCUCACAGCUUAACAGCAGUGUGUUCUGAGAGUCAAUCCACUCCACUUUACACGGUGCGUGUGUGUGUUUCUGCGUUACUCCAGAGUCGGACGCAGGUGGGACUCCUCUGCUUUUAGUGUUUUGUGCAAAGGACAAUUGACUUUUCAUCACUGGAACUUUCUGAUAAAAAUAAAAGAACACAAUACACUGUUUACAGCAUGAGCUGCAAGACCAACCGGUUCUUUUCUCUCAAUGAACAUCUGAAAGUAUGUGUCUGUGAGCUCCAUUCCACACCGUUGUGUUAUUUCACAGUAUAAAAAGCCCACACGCACGCAGAG